UCCUUGUACCUUAAUCCCAACAUACUAUCCUUCUAUCUCUUACCUUUCGAAAAUCUCUGAACUUCUAAUUUCCACUUAAUUUCAUUUCAUCUCCGAAUUUCAAACCCCUAUAACCUUUCUUUUCUCUUCCGUCUCUGCUCACUCUGACCUCAUCUCAUCUGUAUUUCUCUCUUUCUUUCCCUUGAUUUUUUGUGAAAUUUCAUAUUUGAGACUUCCAUUUUUCUUUUUUACUUUUUUGUAAGCUUUGGGUAAAUUUGGAAUUUUUUGAGAUGGAAGUUUCAGUGGUCGGAUCUUCCCAAACGAGCGUCGGGAAAACAGAAUAUCCAUUUCGGAAGCUCGGUUUCUGUAGUUCAAAGGAGAUCCCCUUUAGAUCGAGUCGGAUCGGUUUCGAUCCGAUGAGGAACUGUAGAAGGGCUUCGUUUCGAGUCGCUUUGAAGGCGAUCCGAUCUCAGAUGUGUAGAUCGGCAACGGUUGCUGGCGACAAAGCCAUGGAGAAAAGAUCGGCAGAAAAUUCGGACAAUCACGUUCGUUUAUUUGUUGGGCUCCCUCUAGAUUGUCAUAACUUACAACACACGAGAGCCAUUGCAGCAGGACUCAAGGCAUUGAAGCUCCUUGGUGUGGACGGCGUGGAUCUCCCAAUCUGGUGGGGCAUUGUGGAGAAAGACACCCCAGGAAAAUACGAGUGGUCGAACUAUCUUGCGCUCGCGGAAAUGGUCAGAGAUGCGGGCCUCAAGCUUUCUGUGUCCAUCUGCUUCCAUGCGUCGUCCAAAGGUCCUGCGGUUCCACUACCGCAAUGGGUAUCUCAGGUCGGUGAGGCCCAGCCUGAUAUCUUCUUUACAGAUCGAUCCGGAAGGCGUUUCAGGGAGUGUUUGUCAUUGGGAGUGGAUGAUCUUCCAGUGCUCGAUGGAAAGACGCCGUUGCGAGUUUUUGAGGAGUUCUGUGAGAGCUUUAAGUCUUCCUUCUCGGCUUUUAUGGGCUCCACCAUUACUGAGAUCACAAUGGGCCUGGGUCCCGAUGGCGAGCUCCGGUACCCUUCAUUUCAGCAAGCAAAGGGCCAUCAAAGUAUGGGCAUCGGUGAAUUCCAAUGCUAUGACAAACACCUGCUCGACCACCUCAAGCAACAUGCAGCGUCAAUCGGCCACUGCAACUGGGGCCUCUCUGGUCCCCACGACGCUCCUCAAUACAACGAGUCACCAGAGUCCAACAACUUCAUCAGAGAAUCCGGAGGCUCAUGGGACACUCCGUAUGGUGAAUUCUUCCUCUCCUGGUACUCUAACCAGCUCCUAUCCCAUGGAAACCGCCUCCUCUCGCUUGCCUCCUCGGUGUUUGCUGAUUCCAACAUAACUGUAUCUGGCAAGGUCCCAGUAAUACACUCAUGGUACAGAAUGCGAUCGCACCCAUCGGAGCUGAUGGCCGGGUUCUACAACACAGCGCACAGAGAUGGUUAUAAUGCUGUUGCGGAGAUGUUUGCGAGGAAUGGGUGUAAAAUGAUUUUACCAUCAAUGGACUUCUCUGACGAACACCAGCCCGAGGGGCUAAGAUCAAGCCCAGAUUCUUUAUUCUCACAGAUCAUGGCAACAUGUAAAAUGCAUGGGGUGCGGGUCGCCGGAGAGAAUUCAUCCAAAUCCAGCAUUCCAGCUGGAUUCAACAAGAUCAAGGAGCGGAUUUUAUCAUCGUCAUCCGAGAAUGUGAUGGUGGAUUCAUUCACCUACCAAAGAAUGGGUGCGUAUUUCUUCUCCCCAGAGCACUUUCCUCUGUUUGUGGAAUUUGUCAGGAGCCUCCACCAGGUUGAAUUGCAUUCGGAUGACUUGCCGGACCUCAAUGAGGAGGCUACGGUCUCUUCCAUAACGACAGGUUCGGAACUAGUGAAUGAUUUACAGACACAGGCAGUGUAGGGAACUCAGUCCGCCGAUUCUGCCAACAAAUGCAGUACUAGGGAAGUUAGACAAACACAGACGUUUACUAGCUUUAGGACAUGGGACUAAAUCAUGCUAUGAUUUGCAGCUACUUGCGUAUGCUUAGGGACUGGGCAUUAUCAUCAUCAUGAUAUGAUGAAGCCGAUACUAAUAUUUUAUAUGAUAAGCUUAUGGCCAAUCCAAAAGCUUCAACCCAAAACCGUUUUCGUCCGUGAGUGUGAUACUAAUAUUGUAGAUGUUAAGCUUCUCUUCUACCAACUUAUUUUGUUAUAGUGUGCUUGUACAUGAAAUUUGAUGACUGUUCCAUAUUUAGAAAAAUACAUAAGACAUCCUUGUUAAUAAACUCGCCCCCUCUAUCUG